AAUUCGGGUCAUUGGAUAUAAGAGAGAGAACCUGACUGACUACUCUGUUUCAUGUUUUUGUUUGUGUCUUCCAUAUGUUCGACGUUUUGCCUGACUGGCACAUUUAUUGUUGAAUAUCUCAAAUCAAAUCAUUCUUCUUACUUUUGAUAUAAUAAAGAGGUUGUUUAGUAAAGACAACCCUGAAACCUUAGCCAUCACUUCAUUCAUUCCCCCCACUUCAAAAAUAUAUGCCAGUGUUUCUAAUGUAUAUCCCACCCUUUGAGCUUUCUCCAAUGGCUCAAGGAAGUCUUAACAAGGCCACCCUCAGUGGAAGCUCUACUAAUGACAAUCGAAAAGUUGAUAAUUUUGCUAGGAGACAAAAAUUGUCGCAGCAUAGAAGGUCUCUUCCUAUUGCUACCGUCGAGCGAAGACUCAUAGAUGAAGUUCGGAAGAAUGAUAUUUUGAUCAUUGUUGGUGAAACUGGAAGUGGAAAAACAACCCAAAUACCCCAGUUUCUGUUCAAUGCUGGAUUUUGUAAAGAAGGCAAAUCUAUUGGAAUAACUCAACCUCGGCGUGUUGCUGCUGUAACCGUUGCAAAAAGGGUUGCUGAGGAAUGUGGUGUGGAGUUGGGUCAAAGGGUUGGAUACUCAAUUAGAUUUGAGGAUGUGACUUCUAGCUCAACAAGGAUCAAGUACAUGACUGAUGGGCUAUUGCUGAGGGAAGCAUUGUUGGAUCCAUAUCUCAGUAGAUAUUCAGUUGUAAUUGUUGAUGAAGCUCAUGAGAGAACUGUCCAGAGUGAUGUGUUACUAGGCCUUCUAAAAAAUGUUCAAAUUGCACGGUCAAAAUCAAAUGGCCAUCUAGAUACUGAAACAAAUAAGCCAAAGAAUGGCAUGGUGUUAGAGAAAGAAAAUGACGUUCAAUCUUCAAUUUUUCUCAAGCAUGACCAAGGAAAGAAAUUUCCUCCACUGAAGUUGAUUGUCAUGUCUGCCAGUUUGGAUGCACGUGUCUUCUCUGAUUACUUUGGUGGUGCGAAAGCUGUUCAUGUCCAAGGGCGACAGUUUCCUGUGGAGAUAUUUUAUACAUUUCAUCCAGAACCAGAUUAUUUAGAUGCAACCAUAAUUACUGUAUUCCAGAUUCAUCUGGAGGAGGCCCUUGGUGAUAUACUUGUAUUUUUGACUGGACAAGAAGAGAUUGAAUCCGUUGAGAGACUUAUCAAAGAGCGAGUUUUACAGUUACCUGAAAACAAUCAAAGACUAGUAAUUGUGCCAAUAUUUUCAUCUCUUCCAUCAGAACAGCAGAUGCGAGUUUUCGCAUCAACUCCAGCCGGAUAUCGCAAGGUGAUACUUGCUACGAAUAUUGCUGAGACGUCCGUAACUAUUCCUGGAAUUAAGUAUGUUAUAGACCCAGGUUUGGUAAAAGCACGAUCGUAUGAUCCAAAGCAAGGACUGGAAUCUUUGACUGUUGUACCGAUUUCAAAGGCGCAGGCUCUUCAAAGGAGUGGACGUGCUGGGCGAGAAGGGGCUGGAAAGUGUUUCCGUCUUUACCCAGAGAGUGAAUUUGACAAACUUGAGAACUCAACGAAGCCAGAGAUCAAGAGAUGCAACCUUGCUAAUGUAAUUUUGCAACUCAAGGCUCUGGGUGUGGAUGAUAUCAUUGGGUUUGAUUUUAUUGAAAAACCUUCAAGGUCAGCUAUUGUCAAAUCAUUGGAGCAAUUGUUUUUGCUAGGUGCUUUAACAGAUGAAUGUAAACUCUCUGAUCCAGUUGGUCGUCAAAUGUCGAAGCUUCCUUUAGAUCCUGUUUAUUCAAAGGCCCUUAUCGUAGCUAGUGAGUUCAAGUGCUUGCAAGAAAUGUUGAUAACUGUUGCAAUGCUUUCGGUCGAAUCUAUGUUUUAUGCUCCUCGGGACAAGUUAGAUGAGGCAAGAGCUGCAAUGAAAUUCUUUUCAAGUCCCGAGGGAGAUCACCUCACUUUGAUUAAUGUAUUUCGAGCAGCUAACGAGUUUAUGGAGAAGAAGAACUUGACCUGUGGUAAAGAGAAAGCUGACAAGAUCCUAAGAAAAUGGUGCAAGGAAAACUUCAUUAAUAGUCGCUCCCUAAGACAUGCCCGUGAUAUUCACAACCAAAUCCGAGAACAUGUUCAACAAAUGGGUCUUCGUAUUGUCUCUUGUGGAGACGACACACUAAACUUCCGCAGAUGUCUUGCUGCUUCAUUCUUCCUCAAUGCAGCUCUAAAGCAACCCGAGGGAACCUAUAGGACUUUGGCAAGUGGUCAGAUGGUGCAGAUCCACCCUUCUUCUGUGUUAUUCCAGAAAAAGCCAGAAUGCUUAAUCUACAAUGAACUAAUCCAAACUAACCAUAAGUAUAUCCACAAAAUAACUAGAAUUGAUUACUUGUGGUUAACUGAACUGGCUCCCCAAUUUUAUUCUAUGCAGAGUUGAGCUUCUGUAACAUCAACACCCAACAGUCAUUUGGCCACAAUGGGAUUGUGGAAAGCUUCUCAAUCAUGUCCAAACAGAUACAAGAAACCAUCACAUACCAUACAACACUGUUUUCUUUCAGCAUCAUUGCAGUGCGGUGACAUUGCAGCAGGCCGAGUUUGGUAUUUCCAGUUCGGUGUUGAACUCGUUUAUGUCCUUGCUUCAACUGUUUUUCAAAAGUUGAGUUGACAAUGCAACAUUAUUAUUAUUUAUUGUUAGUGUUUAGGUGGUUUAAAGAAGGCAUCCUUUCACAUAAGGUGGGUUUUGUAGAAAUCUGGAAAGAGUAACUUUUUUAUGUUUUUACUCUUAUUAAUUUUAAGAUUAUUUGUGCCAUAAAUAUUAAAUCUUUUUUAUUUCAUACACUUAAAUAUUACAUUUUUUUUU